CUAAUACUGUUUUGGGGAUAUUACAUGAUGAAUGUUAUGAUUUGAUGCUGAAUUAAUGCGAAUUUCUUUUCUUUUCCCUACCCAGUAGGUACAGGAGCUGAAGUUAGCGAGGUGCUCCAGAGAGAGACUGAGAGUUUUUGAAAAGCAGAACUACAACACUGGAAAUGCUAAUUGUAACGCUUAUUAAUUUAAAUACUUGGCAGCUGCAGGAGUCCAGUGUCUCCAUUCACAGCAGUUGGCCGGAACACCUGCUUUUCACCCCCUGGGGAUAUCAGUCCCUAAGUUCUGCCUCUCUUUCUUUGUGCCUACGGGUUGGACUUGAAAUGACUUCAGUCUGCAAGCUCCAUCUAUCUGACCGCCCAACACUCAAGAGCUAGACUUUUCUCCCGGCUCCGUCGUGAAGCCUCAGAAAUGGCCCCUCUCACUUGACCUGAGUUUACCUAAAACAAAGCUACUGGUAGCUGGUCUGGCUGCAGGGAAGGCAGCUCUGCUGAGGACCGGGCGGCCGUCGCCUCGGAGCACGGUGCCCUAGUCCCUGCGGGUGCCGCGCCGGACCGGUGGAAAAGGGGGCGGAGAGGAGAGAGCAGAGGAAGGGGCGGAGGUCACCCGAGCCCUCCAUCCCGCCCAGCCUGCAAACGGCGGCUAAGAUGUCUGGACUGUGAGCCUGCACAGUUGUGAAAAAGGAGAUGACUUGAGCGACCAGCUGUUAUCUCCACAACCAUGUCCAUGAACAACUCCAAGCAGCCAGUGUCUCCUGCAACGGCGCUUCUUUCAAACACAACCUGCCAGACGGAAAACCGGCUUUCGGUAUUUUUUUCAAUUAUCUUCAUGACAGUGGGGAUCUUAUCCAACAGCCUGGCCAUUGCCAUCCUCAUGAAGGCGUACCAGAGGUUCAGACAGAAGUCCAAGGCGUCGUUCCUGCUUCUGGCUAGCGGGCUGGUCAUCACGGACUUCUUCGGCCAUCUCAUCAACGGGGCCAUCGCAGUGUUUGUGUACGCGUCCGAUAAAGACUGGAUCCGCUUUGAUCAGUCCAAUGUCCUUUGCAGUAUUUUUGGUAUCAGCAUGGUGUUCUCUGGUUUGUGCCCACUUUUCCUAGGCAGUGUGAUGGCCAUCGAGCGGUGUAUUGGUGUUACCCAACCGAUAUUUCAUUCCACAAAAAUUACAUCCAAACACGUGAAAAUGAUGCUGAGCGGAGUGUGCCUGUUUGCUGUUUUUAUAGCUCUGCUGCCCAUUCUUGGGCACAAGGAGUAUAAAAUUCAAGCCACGAGGACCUGGUGUUUCUACAACACCGAAGACAUUGAAGACUGGGAAGACAGAUUUUAUCUCUUGCUUUUUUCUUUUCUGGGCCUCUUAGCCCUUGGUGUUUCAUUCUUUUGCAACGCCAUCACAGGAAUUACACUUCUAAGGGUUAAAUUUAAAAGCCAGCAUCACAGACAAGGCAGGUCUCACCAUCUUGAAAUGGUCAUCCAGCUCCUGGCUAUCAUGUGUGUCUCCUGCAUUUGCUGGAGCCCGUUUCUGGUAACAAUGGCCAACAUUGGAAUCAAUGCAAAUAAUUCUCUAGAGACCUGUGAAACAACACUUUUUGCUCUCCGAAUGGCAACAUGGAAUCAAAUCUUAGAUCCCUGGGUAUACAUCCUUCUCCGGAAGGCUGUCCUUAAGAAUCUCUACAAGCUUGCCCGGCGUUGCUGUGGGGUACAUGUUAUCAGCUUACAUAUUUGGGAGUUGAGCUCUAUUAAAAAUUCCUUAAAGGUUGCUGCUAUUUCUGAGUCACCAGUUGCAGAGAAAGGAAGUCAGCAAACACCUAGUUUAGGACAGUAAGUCAGUGUAGGGCUAGAACAAAAUUAAGAGUAGUUUUGGGCAAUAUUUCAGUUAAUUAGAUAAAGGUAUGUAGUCUAACUGGAAAAUUCAGACCUCAGCAUGUAGUUUGGUAAUACAUUUGUCAGAUUCAGAUUUUAUGUUUUUUCCCCCUCAUUGAGUUUAUUGGCACAUUUUAGGUAUACAGUGCAGUUAUA